AUGAAAUGUAUUUUUGGUAUUGUUUUAUUUAUAUUUUCAAUUUUGAAAGGAUCAGGAUGUUCUGGAAAUUUAACUUCAAUCAAUAGUGAUGUAUUCUCAUUGGAUCAAUAUAUCACUGUUGAAUGUUUGCAAAAUGGUUUGAAUAUUACAUUAGAAUUGAAUGAUUUACAACAACAAAUAGAAACAUAUGAACCGAUACAACUCGUAUCGAUUGAUUUAAAUGGUAGUAAAAUAUGUGAAAUGGAAAUUCAUGGAAAUUCACAAUCAGAAUCGAUCAAUGUGCUAAUACCAGAAAUUUGCUUAUCAAAUGAUACGACUCAAAAAAUUUUAUUGACAGCUGACAAUAAAAUAAUUCAUAAAUUCGAACUUUCAUGUGAUCAAAUAUGGACAAAUGAUAUUAUCACAGUUGGUAAUUUGAAUGGAGAAGUAGUGAAGAUAAAUUCAUCAAUACAAAUUGGUUUUGAUUUUAGUCUAAUGAUUUCAUCGAAAUAUAUACCAUUUCGUGUUGUUGAUUGUUGGACGGAGCAGAACAAUCAUCGAGCUAGCUUUUUAAAAAAUGGUAUUCCGCAAAAAGAUUCUCAAUCCGUUCCACUAUGUCAAUUAUUUGAUGGAACAAAUAAAUUUGAAUAUAAUAUUGAUCCAAUAGACAAAUAUAAUAAUAUUCAACGGUCCUCCUCCAUCAAUCAAAUGCGAAAAAUAUGGGAAAUUCGACUUCGUCUUGGUUGGGAUGCUUUACCGGACAGUCGACAAAAAGCACUUCAACAGUUACUUCGUACGAAACCGCAAUUGCAAUGGGAAGCUGUUCCUGAUUUAUCAUUUGAUACGGAGGAUUUCUUAUCACCAAUAACAAUAUAUCCUAUUAUGAUUCAUUGCUCUAUUUCACCUUUAUCGUUUACGCAAACUUCGGUAACUGCAAGUUUUGGUCCAAUUGGAGUAUUCAUUCCGCAAUUUUAUUUUCUUGAAAAUGUAUUAUUCUCAUGUUGUCCGGUGGAAACAACAAUUGCUUAUGCAAAUUUACUUCGACAUCCAAUUCAAAAGAAAUUAAUUUGUUCAAAGGUUUCAAUUACUACUGCCUUAUUUAUCUCAUUGGCGGCAUUUGCAAUUGCUGUUUGCUUUACUGCACUAACAUUCAGCGCCCGGAUAUAA